AUGCCAGAUUCUACUAUUCCACUUCUGUGCGUCCUGGGGCUCCUCGCGCUCUCUUCUGCAUGCUACAUCCAGAACUGUCCGCGAGGCGGGAAGCGCUCUUUUCCUGAUCUGCAAAGACCGUGCAUGUCAUGUGGCCCCGGAAACCGGGGCCUCUGCUUUGGCCCCAGUAUCUGCUGUGGGGAAGGGAUGGGCUGCUACGUGGGCUCCCCAGAGGCAGCUAAUUGUGCUGAGGAGAACUACCUGCACUCCCCCUGCCAGGCCAGAGGAAGAGUGUGUGGGUCUGAGGGACACUGUGCUGCACCUGGGGUGUGCUGUGAUGCGGAGAGUUGUCUACUGGACUCAGACUGCCUAGAGGACAGUACACGUCAGCCACCCAGUGAGCAGAACAGUUCCUUAGUGGAAGGUUUGGCAGGAGAUCUGCUGCAGUGGAUGCUGCAUGCCACCAGAAGGGAGAGACCUCAGUAACAAACCACUGGCCAUCCCUCACCUGAACACACACCCAGAAUAGAGCCUAGAUCAGUUUCACAUGCACUACUACUGCAAAAAACUUACACAGCAUACACACACAU